AUGGUUUCAAAAGAUCGACCUUUUAUACCUCUACAAUCAUCACGCAACAUACAAGUAUAUCAUCAAUCGCCAUCACCAUCACUGCCACGGUCUGCCCUUCAACCUGAAUCCUCACCGUCCACCAUUACUGGAGCCAUGUACCAUCCAUCGCAGAUGUCUGGCCCGCAGUCCCCUCCGAUGCAUCCCCAUCCCAACCAGGCUGGUGGUUUGCAGUCCUAUCCCCCGCCCCAUCCGGAGUCACAGCAAGAGCCUCAGCCCUCAAACCAAUACCCUCAAUACUCCUAUGAUAUCCAAUUGAAGUUUCCCCAGCAGCAAGAAAACCACCAACAGCAUACGCAAUACCCACCGCCUCCUCAGGGCCUCCCGCUCCCCUCAAUGUCCGUUAGCGGUUUACCGCCCAUCAGCCAAGGAGGUUAUCCUGCCCCUCCUCCACAAGAGAUAGCAAUGGACACCACAGGGCAGGUUGCACCCCCGGGAUCGAGGCCAAGAGUCACAGCUACACUGUGGGAAGACGAAGGCACACUGUGCUUUCAGGUCGACGUCAAGGGAACUUGUGUAGCUCGACGAGAAGACAACCAUAUGAUCAACGGCACCAAACUCCUCAAUGUCGCUGGCAUGACGCGUGGCCGCCGUGACGGUAUCCUCAAGGCCGAGAAGCACAAGCACGUCGUCAAAAUCGGGCCGAUGCAUCUAAAAGGCGUGUGGAUCCCCUUCGAGCGAGCUCUUGAAUUCGCCAACAAGGAGAAAACCACCGAAAUGCUAUACCCGCUCUUCGUACAUAAUAUCGGCGCACUGUUGUACCAUCCCAGUAAUCAGACGCCGCCGGGAAGGGGAUACCCGCCUCCGCUAGGCCAGGUACAGAAUCAGGCUAGGCAUCCGGGUUCAAUGAUGGGCCCAGGGCCAGGGAUGGCACCAAUGCAGAUGAUGAGGCCACAGGAGCCUGGCCCUGGGCCAGGUAUGAGAGGUGAUGAUGCGAACGGGGAGAGGAUGGGUGAGGAACAACAACCGCAACACCACCAACGGCCACCAUCCUACUCUUGA